GCUAUUGAUAUAUAUCUUUUGAAACUAGCGAGCCGUCUCUAUCCCCCCAAUCCAAUCCCAUUUCUCUUCAUCUUUCCCAAAUUUCAGCGAAGAAUGUUGACUGCCGGUGAUACUGGGCAACUCCAUCAGAAUCACCAAAAGCUUCUCCCUAAACGCAUAAUCUUAGUGCGCCACGGCGAGAGCCAAGGCAACAAGGACGACGCCGCCUACACCGUAACCCCUGACUACAAGAUACCAUUGACGCCUCAUGGGAUCGAGCAGGCCAACCGGGCCGGCUCCAACAUCCAGCUCGUUGUCUCCGAUCAUGGCGCCUCCAGGAACUGGAAGGUCUACUUUUACGUCUCACCUUACGAGCGCACGCGCUCCACUCUCCGUGAGAUCGGUCGGGCUUUUCCCAGGAAUCGGAUAAUCGGGGUUAGGGAGGAGUGCCGGGUCCGGGAGCAGGACUUCGGCAACUUCCAGGUGGCCGAGCGGAUGAAGAUCAUUAAGGAGACUCGGGAGCGGUUUGGACGUUUCUUCUACCGCUUCCCCGAAGGUGAAUCGGCCGCCGAUGUUUUCGAUCGCGUUUCAAGUUUCCUUGAAUCUCUAUGGAGGGACGUAGAUAUGCACAGAUUCCACUGUCAACCAUCGGAAGAACUGAAUCUUGUAAUUGUAUCCCAUGGACUAGCUAUACGUGUGUUUCUCAUGAAGUGGUUCAAGUGGACAGUGGAGCAAUUUGAGCGUCUAAAUAAUCUAGGGAACUGCGAGUUUCGUGUUAUGCAGAUGGGACGUGGUGGAGAGUACAGCCUAGCAGUCCAUCAUUCUGAUGAAGAGAUGCAAGCUUGGGGGUUAACCCCCGAAAUGAUUGAAGACCAAAAGUGGCGAGCUAAUGCCCCAAGAGGCGCUUGGAAUGAAAAUUGUCCAUGGUACCUUGAUGCUUUUUUUGACAGUUAUGCUGUGCAGUCAGAUGAUUGUGGUGCUGAAGAUGAAAAAUGAAAUUUAAAAGCUGGUAGGCAAUAGAUGAUUCUGAUUCCCAUUUGUUCUUGCUUGGUAUGCAAUGCUAGUCAUGCCUAAACUAGUUUAUGAACCAUUAAUUCACCUCUGCUGAAGAGAUGGAGGUUCCUUAUAAUCAAGCAUUAUAUUCUUUGUAAAUUUAAAUUCUAAAUGUAGCUGUUGUAAUGAAUUGGCUAACAUUUUCAGGAAAAUAAUGAAAUUCAGCAUUACCUUA